AUGGAACAAAACAAACGCACCGCCUCGGACUCUCCAUCCGAUCCACCCUCUGCUGGCGAGAAUGCUAGCGAGAAGCAAGACAAAACUGCCGAGGCAAGCAAGGCGGCUGAAGCCCGAGAAGAAGUCUCCCCGCAGGACAUACACGGGCUGAAAUGGGCCUUCUCAUGCGCGGCCCUGCUCUCCUCCAUCUUCCUGUACGCCUUCGACUGCACCGUCGUUGCCGACAUCCAGUCCAGCAUCAUCGCCGAGUGGGGGGCGAUAGACGAGCUGCCGUGGCUCAGCAACGGGCUCGUCAUGCCGGCCACCGCCUUCGUGAUGCCGUGGGGCCGCCUGUAUGGCCAAUUCAACGCCAAAGUCCUCUACCUAACCUGCGUGCUUCUCUUCGAGGUGGGCUCGGCCCUCUGCGGCGCCGCGCCUAAUGUCGACGCCCUGAUCGUCGGCAGGGCCAUCGCUGCCGUCGGCGGCGCGGGUAUAUAUAUGGGUGUCAUGACACUCAUCGCCGCCACCACCACCAUAAGGGAGCGGCCCUUCUAUGUCGGCCUCACUGGUCUCACGUGGGGAAUCGGUAUUGUGCUCGGUCCUGUUAUCGGAGGCGCCUUCAGUAUAUCCGCUGUCGGAUGGCGCUGGGUAUUCUAUAUCAACCUCCUCGUGGCCGUCCCAGCGGUGCCAGCCUACGUCUUCCUACUGCCCAACCACAUCGAUCCCAGACCGGAGAUAACCUCGUUGCGCGCCCGCUUUGCAGAGAUUGACUACGUAGAAAAAGUCCUCCUCAUCGGCGGCCUCGUCAGUUUCAUCCUCGCCAUGAACUGGGGUGGCGUCGUCUACCCCUGGGACUCCGGCCAGGCGAUUGAGUGCUUUUGCGCAUCCGGUGUGCUAUUCAUCGUCCUCGCCGUCCAGCAGGUCCGCAACAUCGCUACAACCCCAGCCCGUCGCAUCAUCCCCGUACAGAUCCUCAGUAACCACGCCGUCCUGAUGCUCGUCGCCUGCUGCGCGUCAGCCGGUGCCACCGCCUUCGUGCCCAUCUACUUCAUCCCGACCUUCUUCCAGUUCACAAGGGGGGAUUCGCCGCUAGACGCAGGCGUGCGCCUCCUCCCAUUCAUUGUGGUUAUGGUCGUCUUCAUCAUCAUCAACGGCAGUCUGAUGGGGAAGCUCGGGUACUACACGCCCUGGUUUACGGCCGGCGGCCUGCUCGCUUUGACGGGCGCGGCGCUCGUGUACACGGUGCGCGCGGACACUUCUCUGGCACGAAUCUAUGGGUACACGGUCAUCCUCGGAUCCGGGGUCGGCAUGUGGCUGCAGGCUUCUUUGUUCGUACGAGGUUCCGCUACUCUGGACUUCUAUGCCAGAAAAACAACGAAGGGUUGA